AUCGCCAUUAUUGAUUAUUCAAGUUAGCAUCCAAAGACCGCCUACUGCAGCCCAACAUGGUGUGCUCACUACCAGCUCUAGAGGGCCGCCACCUCAUGCUGGAAUGAAGCCUCGUCCAUUCAGUGCUAAGGCUAGAAUAACUACAGAAAGGGUUGGAGAAAAGACAAAUGUAGGGCACAGAUCACGACCUCCAUGGAGACCAUUUUCUGGACAUGCUGCACUGAACAGACCAGCUCCUUUAAUGAACAAAGAAUGUGACAGUAGCACAGUUACAAUGAAAGAGGAACUCAGCCAUGAUUCUACUCCUGUUCCCUCAGUGUACAAAGACAGGUGUUUGCCCAAGAAUCUUACAAUUCUACAAGAGUGGCUGACAGAAGAUGUGCCAAAUAACUGGCCAACACAACUUACACCCAAACACAGCUUUGUAUUCCUGCCAUGCAUGCAGUCAGAGCAGUGUGUGUGGGACAAGUUACCUGUUGUUCCACCUGCUCAGCAGCCUGAUGAUGUGUUGAUUUUUACUCCAGAACCACAAGUUAAGAAAUUUAAGCCCCCAAAACCAAGACUGCAGUCAUUUGUUGAGGAGGAGCAGACAAGAUGCAAACACAGAAGUAACAUUGUGAGAACAGAUCCAAGUCCCCCUACACAUGACAUUUUUGAGGGAAUGCGGAGAGCAGAUAUUAUUAGACAAGAGAUUGAAGAUCUUGAAAGGCUGUUACAAGGCAUCGGAAAUCCCAAGGGCUCUUCUAUAGUAGUGCGAUACCAGCAUGAUAUAAAUUACCUGAGAGACAUGGCCAGAAACACAGUUGAAGGAUAUGAUUUUUCCCAGGAGGCGCGGAGUCUUACCCCAGUAGCUGCCAGUUUUCAGGAGGAUCUUGUUAGAUAUCCUGAGAAACACGACCAGAUUGUGUCGACUAUUAAAGAACGACGGGAUCAAUGUGUGAAGCAACUGGCUGACAUAGAACAGGAGAUUAUGAACAAGAGCUCAUGAUCUUCACAAGACAGAGGAGGGUGCAAUCUGAUGCCGAAUCCUUAUUUACGGUUUUUAGACACCCCCGAUGCAAAAGAGGUCCCUGUUCCCUCGGAGGCAGGGUACUUCUCAUAAGAGACUUUGAGAGAGUGCUGCCCAAUAGGCGGACAGUUUCAGUCCAGUACUGCAUGAGUGAGCUUUGUUUUAACGUGUUUAAAUUAGGACUGAUUACUUUUAAAAGAGAAAGUGUAGU